AUGGUGAUCACAGUGAGCCGCAUUUACGAACUUAAACCAAUGGAAGAUAGUGAAGCUUUUGAUCUUUUCUGUAAGAAGGCAUUUCAACAUGAUAGAAUGUGUCCUGAUGAGCUUAGAGACUUGGCAGACGGCCUUGUGGCAAAAUGCGAUGGCCUACCCCUGGCUAUCAUUGUCAUGGGAGGCAUUAUGUCAAGGAAGUCAUUGACAUAUGUGGAAUGGUGGAGGGUUCUUGAAGACCCCCAAUGGGAGGUCCAUGAAGGUGGUGGUCAAAUGAACACUUUUAAGGAGCUUCUUGACAGAAGUAUGCUGCUAUUUGGUGAGGAAACGAAACAAGGCGAUGCCCAUUCUUCCCGAGUUCAUGAUAUCAUAUGUGAGUUUGCACUUCCCAUUGCUAAGGAAGAGAUGUUGGGUGAAUUCUACGGUGGAGAAGGACAAUUGAGUUGCAAGUUCAUGAAAUUGAGAGUAUUGCAUGUGGAAAGUAGUAAAUUGCGAAAGCAUGUGGAAACGUCAUUGAGCCAUGUAACAACUAAUGGAAUAACCUUCAAGUAUCGCGAAGCAACGAGAAGCUUAGAAAAUCUGCAGAUCCGUUAUCAUUUAAAUAUCACUGAUGUAGGUGUGGUUAGAGGACUUUGUUACUUGAGGAGACUCCGUGUGUUACGAAUGAAGUGGGAGAUGAGGGAGUUGUGCUGCUCUGAAUUUGUUGCCUCCAUUAACAAGUUUCGCGAACUCACAAUUUUGCACAUUUGGAUAGCCAGUGCGCUAGAGGACAUAGAUGGAGCGCCUCCUUCGGUUUUUGACCUACAAGCUUUCCAGCCUCCACCAUCCCUAUGGUUUUUGAUUUUAUACAUGCGAAUGCAAAGAAUUCCAAGUGCCCUCACUUCCCACAGUCGCAUCGCUGUAUUAAACUUGAAGGGUACUAAGUUAAGUGAAGACCCAAUUGCUGCCCUCCAAUCCCUUCCUAAUCUAUCCACCCUCAACCUCUCUAAAGCAUAUACAUGCCAAAAAAUAGGAGGUUGUGGCAGGGGAUCAUUUCCCUCACUCAAAAACCUUUCUUUGGGUUCUAUGGAAAAGUGGGGAGAGAUAGAGGAGGGAUCCUUCCCCUGCCUUUCUUACCUGCAUAUUUUCCAAAAUUGA